CCGCUGUCGCCGCUGCGCUGCUGCACCCUCUUGCCCCCACGGCGUGUCUCGCCAUGAGCAGGAAGAUUUCGCUUCUCUCAUGACCCAGUAUCGCGAGCGCACAUGUGGACGAGGAUAAAUCAUCUUAGCGAGAGGGAUGUCUGAGAGCGACGGAGAGCAUGCAGCUCGCUCGGUGGCCUUAGAGCAAGCCUACGUCCAUGAAGUAUACGAGCAAUGCGCCGAGAAGACUACGCAAAGUAAACACUGGCCACGAGUAUAUCAGUUUCUUCAAGAGCUCGAACCGGGUGCCCUGGUGUGCGAUAUCGGUUGCGGCAAUGGAAAAUAUCUCAGCGUCAAUCAUAGCAUCUUUAAAAUAGGGGUAGACCGAUGCAAGCGUUUCACGGACAUCGCGCGCGAGAAGGAAAACGAGGUUUUGAUUUGCGACAAUCUGGCCCUACCGUUCCGAGAAGAGAGCUUCGAUGCGGUGCUGUCGAUCGCCGUGGUGCACCACUUCGCCACCACGGAGAGAAGGGUGCACGCGUUGAAGGAACUGGCGCGGGUCCUCAGGAUUGGAGGUCGGCUCGUUAUAUCCGUUUGGGCUAUGGAACAAAAGCAUCGAAAAUUUGAAUCGCAAGAUGUUUUAAUACCGUGGCCAAAAUCGUAUUGCAUGAGCGCGGCGUCGGAUGGAUCGAAGCAUUCGGAUGUAUCGGACAGUAAUGAGAAGCGAGAUGACAGCGUCACUCAAAAAUAUCCCUCGUCCUUCAAAAGAAAUAGCCAACGAAAAUGCAAAAGCAAGAGUUAUUGGAUCGAUCCGAUAUUCAGCCUGUCACCAUCCACCAGCAGCCUCUCCAGCCCGAACGAGACCUGUUAUAGCUGUUUCCGGCGAGCUUUACAGAAAUUAGCGAGGAGCAGACGCGGAGGCGGCGGUCGCGCAUGGCUCCCCGGCAGUUGGCAGAGUAGUAGCAAGAGUCGACGGCACUACGAUCCCGAAGACAUGACCGACGUCGACGAGCUGCCGAUCGAGUUGCGUCGCGUGGAGACAACGCACACGCUGUCGAUGACGAAUAAGAACUCUGCGGACACGCUGAGCAUCAAGUCGAAGAGUCUGGGUGAUAUCUUGGAAAUCGAGCGGCUCGAUUUGGUGCGCUCGCGCUCCAGUAUUCCGGGCUUCUGCUCGACGUCCGAAUUGAUCCUGGACGAACGAUCGGUCUCGUCAUCGUCGAGCGGCUCGAAACCGCGGCUGGUGAAGCAGAAGUCGUACGUGGAAGAAGCCGGUUUGGAGGAUCCCGAGGACACUGCCAUUGAAAACCUGAUCAACAGUCUGCCGGACUUUCCUUGCCGUCAGUCGCGCAAACGCAACGUGCCGUUGAAGCAGAGUUCGAUGAACGAGGAGCUGAUGUCAGCGGAGCGGCUGGAGGAGAAGGAGCGAGUGCGCCGAAACAUCAUGAAACAAGCGUCACUGAACGAGGAGCUCAUCUGCAAGUGGCGAACAUUCGAAGCGCUUAAGGACUCGAUCAGUCCGGUGAACGCCGGCCGGCGUUUUCAGCUGCUAAAGAACGGAUUCACCAGCAAGAUCAGACGAUCCACCACGAACAUCGAGAAAGUCUCCGGCAUGUCUAUCAAGAACGGCUUCGUGCGGAUGCUGCAGGGAUGGAAGUCCAGCGAGAACGAAUCGGCGUUCGCCGAUGCGGCGACAGAAUCGGCAGAAACGACGACGAAGACGAAACCGGUGGACGGCAAGACGCAGCAGCCGCCGGUGACGGUGGUGAAACGUAGCAUCGAGGGCGUUGAGCGCCGUCUUUCGCGCGAGGACGGCUCGGAUUCGUCCAAGGACAGCAGCCUGCAAAGCGACACCAGCGUGGACUCCGAGGACAGCAUCGCGUCGGUGAUUUUUGUGCCGAAGCAGGACAGCAUCGUCUCUCCGGCGCCGUUGCCGUCAGCGCCGACGUUGUCAUCAUCGUCGUCGGUCGAGGCUCCUUCCACACCGCGACCGGCGGCACUGCAGCUCGGCACGAUGUCGGCACCGCCGUCGCCGCGCGUUAAACAGCCACCGGACGGCAAUCAAUCCUCCAGAUUCAAGUUGAUCAGCGUGUCACCGUUAUUAAAGCAGCAACCUACGAAUACAAAUAUAAAUACUCGUUUCGCUGACAACUCGGUUAGACCUGACGGGGAAACGGAGAACACCGAGAACACCUUGCAGACGCCGGUGUCGCGAGGACUCGAUCUGAUAUCGGAACCGACGCCGGAGCCCAAUGGAGCGGAGCUGGACACCGCGCCGCUGAUACGUGCCUUCAACGGUGUCAUCAAGAUGUCAGGUGGUCGCGAGCCGAUCGUGAGCGAGGACGACCAGAAUCGGAAGGCCAGGCUGAAUCAAAUCAAGGAGCUGCUUAUAGCAAAGCCGGGCUUCGCGAUGCGCACUAGAUCGCCGUUUCCGUUGGUCAGGCGCGCCUCGACCGCGGCCUCGGGUCGUCUGGAGUCCGUCACGAGGAUUCUGCCGCGUCUUUUGUCUCUGGAACUGUUCAAUCCGGAGACUGACGAUCUAGACAGCGAUUCCAGCGGUGUCUCGUCGCCGGAAUCGGUCGGUUCGGUGAUCAGCGUCACGUCGGACGAAAGAUACAUCGCAAAAAAGCAGGCUGAGAAGAAAAACAACACGCAGGUGGUCGAAAAAGUUUCCAAGUCGGAGAAGACGAAGGAAACUGAAAAUAUACGCGACAACGAAUCAUCGAGUCUUGGAAGCACAGCGAUGCUCGAGGACACACCGUGCGAUCCUCCGCAUGACAUUUCGUCCGCAACUUCGGAAGAUGACGUGCUGCUCGCGAACGCCGAAAUGAUGCACACCGCUUCGCAAGAUGAUCCGCGACCCGACAUCGCGAUCUGUCCCACGCCGCGCAUUUUUCUCGAUAACGAAAAAACCAUCUCCACGCAGUCUAUGAGGCUUCUGGAGGCCGCCGCUAACGUGGCAAGCUCGUUGGAAGAUGCCGUGGGGACCGCGAUUCAACACAACACUCAAGUAGAAUUUUCACAGAUCGCCCAACGGCGGAACAACGAUAGCGUCUGGCCUCGGUCGAGCGUGCGCGCGCGAUCAUACCUGAAGCAGGAUCGGAAGUCCGCCUCUGUGGAUCUGGGUGGCUUCGUCGAUGAAUCGAGUAGCGAUCUCAUGCGAGACAUCAGUCGGUACUGCCAGAAGUCGUUCGAUUUCCUCGAGCUGCGCCAGACGUCGAGGACGUCAUCGUCGUUGGAUGUGGCAAGCAGCAACUUGACGACGGAAUCGGAUGCCGUUCGGACCUGUAAUUGGAAUGAAUACAAUCAAGUGCCGGAAGAGACUUCAUGGGUCGUGAAUAAAGCGUACGAUGGAAGCGGACAUGACGGGUUGAAUACAGUGCAACCCGAGCUGACACUCGAAUCGAAAACCCCUAGCGAAAACCAUGCCGUAUCCGAGUUAUCGAAAUAUGAAGUUGAGCUCGAAGCCGAGACUGAAACUAGAUUUAUUUCCAAAUACGACGAGACGUUCAGACUCAACCUCGAAGAGAAAUCAAAAGCUAAAUUCGACCUUAUAACCAGAUUAAAUCCCGAAUCUAAGAGUAGUUUGACAGGCCAAGGAACGCUUAUCAAUCCUGAAAACACGCUCAACUUGCGACCCGUUGUAGAGUCAAAACUCCACGUCGAGCAAGAGCAACGUCGCGCCAACGCUCCGCCGCUGUUGCGCAACAACUCGGACGACACGCUGGACUUCGUGAUGGUGUCGAAGACGGGCGAGUUUGAGUGCGAAGACGAUGUGGGCGCUGCGAAGUGGUGCUCUUCGCAAGGCGGUCUGUCGAUGGACUCGAGCGACGUGGGCGAUUCUCUGAUGGAGAACACGACGGCGAGCCUGAGCGAUGGCAGCCGGACGGAGUCGACAGCGAGGCUGUUCACCGGCAGCACAAUGUCCUUGGUGUCGAAUCCGAACCACGCGCAGAACAAUCCUCGAUGCACGACGGAGCGACGAAAAUUGCAGGAACGCGGCCGAUCAUUGGACGAGACGUCGAGACGGGAAGCGAGAAGACGGGACGACGCCGCGGACUGCUUAGUCACCACAAGCACAACCGGUACUCUGAGCAACGCCUCGUCCCAGGAAUCGUUGCCUUCCGAUCGCGGCGGCGGCUCCAUCACGUAUCACCAGUAUUACCACGUCUUUCGGGAGGGCGAGCUGGACCAGCUAAUCAACAAGUACGUCGAGAAUCUGCAUAUCAUCUCAUCGUAUUACGACCACGCCAGCUGGUGCGUCGUCGCGGAGAAAGUGCAGGUUUGGACUAUAUGACUUGGAAUACGGAUCAUCGUGUGAAGGACCAACGGCUGUGGCGCGUUAUACAAUGGGCCGCGACCGGGACGUUACCGUCUUCGCCAACCUGUAUGUGUCGAGGCAACAUGUCAGCCAGAAGGGAUCAAUUAGGUUUCAACUUUAUGAAAAAUCGCAUCUGCUUAAUUUCACGAGCUUUCAAUCGAGAAUAGUUCCUGAUCUACGACGAACUGCUUCGAGGAAGCGAAUUGCAAAUCUAAGAAAUUAAAUAUAUAUUUCUAAAUCUUUUCAUUUUUAAUGUUUCACCAUUUACGCACUAUUUAGGCUUUGAAUUAGAAAAAUGCGUUGGAGGAUUCUUAUAUACUUUCGAGGUAAAAGUACUGAUCCCUUUUUUGAAACACGCAGUACACUCCGGUGGAUGGGCUAAGUGCGCGGAGAACUUCGCUUCGAGAGUGCGAGGUGUACGACUCUAAAUCCAUGGAUCUAAUAAUGAGUCCAAGAAUCUUAGAAUUCAGGGGUCCAAGAAUCCAAGGAUUUAAAGGCUCAAGAGGAUUUCAUAAUAAUCUGAGUAUCUAAGAUCUAAAAUAAUUCACGAGUUGACUUUCUAACGAUCCGUUCUUGAAAACUCUGCGACGAUCUAUAUCGCUAUUGAAAAAUAUCGCUUUGUGCUCGUUAAACAUUCCUUUCACAUUUGUCUUAUCGUGAAAAGAUUUCUCUGUCCGUGACGUCACUAAAAUAAUAUAUAUCAAAAUAUAAGUCUAAACUGACAGAAAUGAGAUUAAUAAUAUAAAUAAAUCAAUAAUUGAGAAAUUUAUAUCUUGACGAAAUAUCGAACAAUAAAACAGAACACGUUUUAAUAGUAAAUCAUUAUUAAAAUGUUUCUUUCGAUCGAUUUUCUUAUCGAUUACUGUUACGAUAUUUUUAAUUUUUAUAUCUGACUCGUUCAGUUCUAUCUUUAUUUCGGUGACGUUUUGGACUAUCCAUUUCACUUAUCGCACAUCUCAGAACAACGAUCGCGGGAAGUACAACUCUUCGAGGGCACGCCGAAGAGAGAUGAUGAGAAUAUUUAUUGGAAAUUUUUUUUUUUUUUUUUUUGUAAUGGUUAUGCGAUCUCAACGUUAGCGUAAAAAUUGAGAGACGGCAAUCGGCUCCCGGCUAUGGAGCGUAUUUUCUAGCUUCUCGAGAAACCGACAAUAUCCGAACGCUUGAAUGUAGAUAUAUCUCAAUAAUGCGAACAUUCCACUUCCAAAAAUGUAUACAUGCAUACGUUUACACAGGCGUACAUGAAUAUUAGGAUGUCUUUUAUUUGAAGCAAUUUUUUUUCCACGAUGAUUCAUACGUCGACAUUUCAGAUUCGUGUGGGCAUUAUAUUAACAUUAAUUUAAUUAAUUAAUUAAUUAAAAUCGGCAAUAAACAUAGACAAAUGCAACAAGAAAAUUAACAAACAUUUCGGAUUUAUGUGAUUCAUUAAAAAAAGUAAUGAUUUAUCAAAAAUAGAAAACAAUGACGUUUUCAGUAUUUGAACAUAAGCGACUAAAGGACAUUCUAAUAUAUAUAUAUACGUAUAGAUAUAUACACACAUACAUGAUACAUAUUUAUUAUUAUACAUAUAUAUAUAUACAUAUAUAUAUGUAUAUAUAUAUUAGAAUAUAAGGAUUCAAGGAUCCAAUAAUCUGAUAAUUAAAGGCUUAUAUUCUUGGAUUUUUUUGUCUAAAGACUUUUAAUUUCUUAGAUCCUUGAAUUUUUUCACAUUGCAGAACACUUGUAUUACUAACCUCCUUG